UUUAUUCUUGAUCUCCCUCUCGUAAACAAGUGCCAUGCGAUUUCUAUACCUCUUAUCACUCAUAGGUUUCCUAUGGCUUCACCUGAAUGGUGUCUCAGCGGGAGGAAUAGCUAAUCGUUACUUUCUGGAGAAGCAACGAUUCCUGCUGGAGAUACUCCACCAUUUGCACGAACCUCUGCUGAACGAUCAGUGGCGUUCGUUGGGUGAACAUCUGGUCAGCGAUAAGACCCAGUAUGUGGUCUACAAUGAUCAGAUGGCUGACUUCUACGAGGCUCUUAGUCGGGGUAGACUUGUCCCCAGGGAGGUGUACUUUAAUCCGCAGUUCCCCAAGCAUUAUCAGCAAUCGCUGGGUCUGUUUUACUUUUUCUACCACACACGCGACUGGAUUACCUUAUGGCAGAACAUCUGUUGGGCCCGGGUUCAUGUGAAUCCGGGCCUCUUCCUGCACGCUCUCAGCCAGGUGCUGCUCAAGCGGGAGGACUAUCAGGCGCUAGUCAUGCCCAAGAUUUACGAGCUGUGGCCCGAAUCGUACCACAAUGAGGCGACCGUGAGGAGUGCACGAAAUUUCAACUUUGCCAAUUGGAUUAGACAGCAAAACGCUUUCACGAAUCAGCUGCAGGAGGUGCAACAGAUUCUGCCCCAAGAGCUGCAGCCCAUCUGGCUGGAGGGAAAUUUACGCAGCUCCACCAAGUGGUUCGAGGCCAUGGCUGAUGUGCAUAUUCUCCGACUGACGGAACCACAGCGAGGACAGCACAGCCUCCAACAGCUCAUCGACGACAUUGGCUGGCAGUCCUACUGGUACUACAUCAAUAUGGGCAUCGCCCAGACUGAGAACAGCUCGCAGGAGCUCCAGGAGUGGUGGUACAACCAGUUAGGACAGCUCUUGGCCCGCUACAAGCUGGAACGUUACGCCCAGCAGCUACCAUACAAACACUUGACCCUUCUGAAGGAGGAUAACCGGAGUACGCCUCACCUGCUGACCUGGCUAAACCAACGUUUUAGGCAAGUGACCUUGUCCACCACUAAAAAGGUGACGGAAGCAUUGCAAACCCUAGAGACGAACGUUGCAGAAGCAAUUUUCUCUCGAAGAUAUAUGCUAACCAAUGGAUCCACCAUAGAUCUGGAAGCAGCUGAUAACUGGCGGAUCGGCUUGAGGGAACUAUUUCCCUUCGACCUGACACAACUGCAAACGGAGUCGGCCAGUGAGCCCCAACUGCUCCUCGAUCUUCGCACUUCACUGCGAUCGCCCGACUUCUAUUACUACGCUGAACGGUUGCUCCGUUCGUAUCGAUGGUAUCGCCAGGCUCUUCAGCCCACCCUCAAAAGUUCGGUUAGACCCACCGAUUUGCGCAUUGAUGCCAUGGAGAUCACUCCACUGAUCACCUACGACGAACCAGUGGAUGUGGAUCUAAGCAAUCUCCUGCAUGCCAGGCACUUUAACUACGACGGACACUUCAUGUGGCCCUUUACCCUGCAGCAACGACAGUAUCGACUGCAGCAGGAGCCCUUUAGCUUUAGCCUUCAAGUCACCAGCAACAAGACCCAAUCGAUCAUCAUCCGAUUGUUUCUCACUACCGCAGAGAAUGGGUCUGGGUCUGUCAAUCGAGAGCCAUUCUAUCAGUUGGAUUCCUUUCUGACGGUGCUCUAUGAAGGUGUGAACCGAAUUACCAGAGAUUCUCGGCAGAUCAGUGGCCUGAUAGGUGAUCACAUCUCUCUCACCGAACUACAUCAAUAUGUGAGGUUGGCCGAACAGGAAGACUUCGAUUUUCCCCUGAAUAUAUCCACACCUAACUGCGGCUUCCCCCGGCGUUUGAUAUUGCCCCGCGGAGGUCGACAAAAGCCCCUGCGGUUGCGCCUUCUGAUCGUGGCCACGGUUUAUGACUUCAAGGCUAGGCAGGCCAACGAACUGAACUGUGACUUCAGCAAGGGGGUCAGCCGAUGGGACGAGCUACCCUUGGGUUAUCCCUUCGAACGGUAUUUGGAGCAGGAGACUGAGGCGGAGCAUCUAUUGGGAGAUCACUCCUUCUGGCAGCCUGUGGAGAUCACCCAUUUGGAUCGUUUGCACCGUGAAUAAAUAAAGAUUUAUAUGCACUUCUG